AUGAAGUGCACUUUAAGACGAGUUCUGGGGCGGGCGCGUUUAUAGCACAAGCAACUGACGAUGCAGAGAAUCUGCUACACAAGAGGAAAGUUGGAUAUCGCGGCGGCGGUGUGGGAUGGUAGUGAACACCGGGUUUGGAGAAGGGCACACGCCGCAGGACAAAAUCACGCACGCAGCAAUGCGAGCUCACCUUGCGCGUGCGGCUUUGCGAGACGCUUUCGCCAAGAUACCCCGGACUAUUGCUUCAUUGCCCGCCCUUCAGUGCCCUCGAGCGUGCACGGAUGCAGCCGCUGGUCUCCGUACGAGCACGUACCCUCCAGGGCUGGGGAAUCGCCACACUUUCUCUGUCUUUCAACCGGCCAAAUUCCCCUCACCAACAUCGCUUAUCUGCUACUGCAAAGUUUCCUCGAUCCCGUGCUGCGUUUGUCGCGGUUCCGCGGGAUCUGCUGAUGUAUACGGAUUUGCUUGGUAUUCG